AUGGGCGCCGAGCAGUCAUCUGCCAGAGGCGCUGCCGCCCCCGCCAAUGCGCCCAAGAAGGCAGACUACUACGACCUGCUGGGAGUCGACCAACACGCCACCGACGACGAAAUCAAGAAGGCAUACAGGAGAAAGGCCCUCGAGCUGCACCCUGACCGCAACUUCGGCGAUGUCGAGAACGCAACACAGAGGUUCGCCGAGGUCCAGUCCGCCUACGAAGUCCUCGCAGACCCCCAGGAGCGCGCCUGGUACGACUCCCACCGCGAUGCCAUCCUGCGCGGCGACAACCCCCAAGACACCGGCGCCACCCCCGAGUACUACGACGUCCGCCUGACCACCGCCGACGAGAUCUUCGCCCUGAUCGGUCGUUUCAACAAGGCCGUGCCGCUCGACGACUCUCCCAACAGCUUCUUCACCAUCUUGCGGGACACCUUCGACAGACUGGCACAAGGGGAACAAGCAGCCGCCGACUGGGAUGGCCUGGUUCCUAUACAGUACCCCUCUUUCGGCGAGUCCAGGGAUGGCGACCAGGUCGCAAAGGCCUUCUACAGCCGCUGGGCCAACUUCGCUACGAGGCUGAGCUUCUCGUGGAAAGACAAGUGGCGGCUGUCGGAUGCCCCCGACCGCAGAAUCCGCCGUCUCAUGGAGAAGGAGAACAAGAAGUUCCGCGAGGACGCCAUCCGCGAGUUCAACGAUGCCGUGCGAUCCCUGGUGGCCUUUGUGCGCAAGCGAGACCUACGUUACGUCCCCAACUCUCAGUCCGAAGCCGAGCGACAAAAGGCCCUGCGCGACUCGGCCGCCGCCCAGGCUGCCCGGUCAAGGGCCGCCAACCAGGAGAAGAUGAACGACAAGACUGCCGUUCCCGAGUGGGCGCAGUCCCGCGGCGACGACGCCCACGAAGGCGAGUUCUCGGAGACCGCAGAGGAGUCCGAGGUUGAGCAUAUCGAGUGCGUCGUGUGCAGCAAGACCUUCAAGAGCGAGAAGCAGUACGAAGCCCACGAAAAGAGUAAGAAGCACGUCAAGGCUGUCCAUCAGCUGCAGCGGCAGAUGAAGAAGGAGAAUGCGAACCUCGACUUGGCCAACAAGUCACCGGCUUCUACGGAACUCGUGGAUGACCCAGUGGCGGGUGGCACUGCUGAGGAGGAUGAAUCUGUUGCUGAGGAUAGGACUACGGCAGAGACUGUCAGGUCGGAUGAGUCGGCCCAGCUGGAGACGGCAUCACGCACCGAUACGGACCCUGCUACCUCGAAUGUGACCCCCAUGGAUUUGGAGGAUAAGAGCGAAGACGACGACUACGCCUCACGAGACGCCGUGAAGGCGCGCCUAGGUGCCGGAAAGGGGGAUCGGCCAAACCCGCUGCUGCAAGACACUGAAGACGUCUUGGCCGAGGCGUCGAGCGGCAUCGCCGAUAUCUCGCUCGAAAGCAGCGCUCCAGCGAAGAAGAUCGGAAAGGCCAAGGCCAAGCGGGAGAAGAAGGCUCGCCAAGCUGCUACAGAUCAGCAGAAUCCCGCCCAAACCUGUGCAGCUUGCCACGCGGCAUUUGACUCCAGAACCAAGCUUUUCAAGCACAUCGACGAGACGGGCCAUGCCGCCACCAAGACCGUCCCAGCCAAAUCUGGAAAGAAGAAACGCUGA